ACCCGACGCCACCCCACCCCAGCAGCCGCGUGUGCGAAAACUAUAAACGGCUCUAUUAAAUGCUCUUUCGCAUUUGAUUAGCGCUUCAACGCAACACUCUGACACUCUCUGACACUAACUGGCAGCAAUCUGUUGCAACAACAGAGAUCAGAUCAUCAACAGCUCCGAUUCUCCGGCUACCCAAACAACGAUUUAUAGCCGCCCACGCCCACGCCACGCGAACAUAUCCCGAAGAUUUCCGUGUAAAGUCACCAAUGAAACUGAAAUGAAAGCAAUUUGAUUUAUUGCCAGUGCCCACGACUUUUUCCACCCGAGAAAAGCCACUGAACCACAGCCGACAGCCGACCCAAAGGUCCGAUUCCGAUCGAUCUACGAGUAUCUGCCACAGCGCCGGCGGAAGUUCGUCCCAGUUCCAGUUCCAGCCGAUCGAACGGCCACCACCAAGUGGAUUAAUUGAAUUCUCUUCCCAAAAAUCAGAGCUGUGAGGCUCUGGAACGGCCACAUCUUGGAUUUGCUCUCACCCCAGUUGGAAGAUACCGGCCUCAAGACGACGACAUUCUUGCAACACUUUAAGGACGUCGUCACGACGAAGUUCACCGGCAGGGACCACCACCUGCCACCGCUGCAUCCGGCCCAUCCGGCCCACCCGGCGCACCAGCAGUCCGCGCUGCACCACCACCACCAGCCGCACCAGGCUGUGGCCCAGAGCUUCUCCACCAUUUUUCCGACGUAUCUCGGCAUGGACCGCGCCACCGCCGGCGGCUGUGGCGUGGUCACCAGCUCAGCCACCGCCCUCGGCCCGGGCGGAAUAGCAAACGGCGGCGGGGUCGGCCUCAGUGGAUCCCUUAGCGGCCUGGAGGCCAUGUCGGCCGAAUCCACAGGCCUGUGUCUGCAGGAUCUGGUGAGCGCUGGCACGGCCAACGGGGCCGGCUCGGCAGGAUCCGCGGAGAGCGCAAACACCACGAGCACCGCCCUGAGCAGCGGCAGCACUGGCAGCUCCACUGUGAACGGCGGUGGCAGCAGCACCUCUGGCACAGAGCACCUCCACAGCCACCACAGUCUGCACGACUCGAGCUCCUCGGUCAGCAUCUCACCCGCCAUCUCGAUGGCAUCGAGUCUGAUGCCCAUCAGCAGCCUCAGCCACUUGCACCACUCGGCCGCAGGCCAGGAUCUGGUCGGGGGCUACUCCCAGCAUCCGCAUCACGGCGUCGUCCCGCCGCACACACCGAAGCACGAGCCGCUCGAGAAACUCAGAAGCUUGUUCUUUUCAGUUUGGGCCGAAACUGGCGAUUUCCGUGAUAGUCAUAGCUCCAUGACCGCCGUAGCGAAUAGUUUGGAUAGCACCCAUUUGAACAACUUCCAGACAUCGUCGACAUCGACGUUAACGAACCGGAGUCGGGAUCGCAAAGAUGGGAACCGCAGUGUCAACGAGACCACCAUCAAGACGGAGAACAUAUCCAAUUCCGGGCAUGACGAGCCGAUGACCACCAGCGCGGACGAGCCGAAGAACGACAAGAAGAACAAGCGGCAGCGACGCCAGCGCACCCACUUCACCUCCCAGCAGCUGCAGGAGCUGGAGCACACGUUCAGCCGCAACCGAUAUCCGGACAUGUCCACCCGCGAGGAGAUCGCCAUGUGGACCAACCUCACGGAGGCGCGCGUCAGGGUCUGGUUCAAGAACCGCCGGGCCAAGUGGCGCAAGAGGGAGCGGAACGCCAUGAACGCCGCUGUGGCUGCGGCGGACUUCAAGUCCGGAUUCGGGACACAGUUCAUGCAGCCGUUCGCCGACGACUCGCUGUACACGUCGUACCCGUACAACAACUGGACAAAGGUGCCCUCGCCGCUGGGCACCAAGCCCUUCCCCUGGCCCGUGAAUCCACUGGGGUCGAUGGUGACGGGCAAUCACCACCAGAACUCCGUGAACUGCUUCAACACGGGCGCCAGCGGCGUGGCGGUGAGCAUGAACAACUCGAUGCUGCCCGGAUCGAUGGGCUCCACGCUGACCAACUCGAACGUGGGCGCCCCCUGCCCGUACACGACGCCCGCCAACCCGUACAUGUACCGCUCCGCCGCCGAGCCCUGCAUGAGCUCCAGCAUGUCCUCGAGCAUUGCCACCCUGCGGCUGAAGGCCAAGCAGCAUGCCACCGGCUUCGGCAGCCCCUACUCGGCACCCUCGCCCGUCUCGCGAUCCAACUCCGCCGGGCUCUCCGCCUGCCAGUACACGGGCGUGGGGGUCACGGACGUUGUCUGA